AACAAAAUGAUUAUUGAAAAUUGAAUUGACUAAUUUCUCUUUCUUUCUUUUUAUUGUUUUCAAUUGUUUAUCAACACACACUUAUGUUUGAAUCACACAGAAAACAUUGAAUCUACUUGAGAAUUUGAACUGUAUCUUGAAAACAAGAAUAAAUAUGUUGCUCAUACCGGGCAUUAAAAUGAAUAGACAAUAUUCAGAAGCAAAGUUUGCCCAUCAUCAUCAUCAUCAUCAUCAUCACCAUAAUCAUCAUUAUAGACAUAAUCAUAACAGGAUUAUGAAAAGCCAUUCAACAACAACAACAACAAAACCAAUGUUAUGGAAGCUUAGUUUGAUUUGCUCAAAAUUGUUUACAUUUAAAUUAUUAAUCAUACAUUUUAUAUUCAAUUUUGCAGAUCUUUGCUAUAGUCUACGUUUAGUGAUGUUGGAAGUGCCAUCACCAUCAUAUGCUGGCGAAUCAAUCGAAUUAAACUGUAUCUAUGAAUUGGAACAGGAUAAACUUUAUUCAGUUAAAUGGUAUAAAAAUGAUGUUGAAUUCUAUAGAUAUGUGCCUAAGGAUUGGCCGCCAGGUCAAUUUUUGCCAAUUAAUGGAAUUUCAGUUGAUUUAGCCAAAUCGGGAAUGAAUUCCGUAUUCCUAAAAUUUAUCGAUAUUAAUACGGCUGGUCUUUACAGAUGUGAAGUAUCAGCUGAAGCUCCAUCAUUUGUUACGGCUGAAGGUGAAAAAGAAUUACAAGUAACAGUAUUGCCAUCGAGUGGUCCACGAAUCAUCGGUGUAAAGCCAUCAUAUAAGAUUGGCGAUGAAGUGAAUAUAACCUGUGUAUCGGCCAAAAGUAAACCAUCAUCAACAUUACGAUGGCACAUCAAUAAUAAAGAGGUUAAAAAUGAUGAAUAUCAUAUAAUAAAUGCAUCGCAUAUUGUAGAUGAUGAAAAUCUUGAAACAAGCAGUAUUCAAUUACGAUUUAUUGCACUUGAUGAGCAUUUUAAAUCUGGUAUUAUACGUGUAAAAUGUACAUCAACAGUUAUUCGUAUGCAUACAAUGAGCAAUGAAAUUAUUUUACGUACAGAAAUUCCAAUGACAUCGGAUAAAUAUCUUGAUAAUUAUUUUAGUGAAAAUCUAAAUCAAUUACCGAAUGAUGGCCAUGGACAAUCAUCAUCAUCAUUGGUUAUCAUCAUCAUUAUGACAAUCGCCGUAGUUAUUAAUUUCUAGAUUUUGUCAUCAAAUCAAAUCAAUCAAUCAAUCAAUUCUGUUGUUACAUUUUUGUUGUUCUGUGUCCUAUUCCUAUGCAAAAUCAAUUUCCUUCAAUC